UGACUCACUCGCAGGAGGGUUUUCCGCGUCCCAGCAUCGCUACCAUUCCUCUGGCUGGGCAGACUGCUUUCUUGGACGCAUGUGUCAGAGUUGAAGGGAGCGAUAAGCAAACAGGAACUUGUUAGGCAGUGACAUAGACAGGCUAAACGAAACAAGACUGGCGAGGACCGCGGGUUAGAUCUGUUGUUUUAUUAUCAGAGGACUCCUAAUGGAGCCCACAAAUCUACAGAAAGCUAUUGCCGUAGCACAGAAGGCCUCACAGGAGGAUCAGGCUGGGAACUAUGAAGAGGCCAUCCGCUCCUACCAACACGCUGUCAAGUACUUUCUGCACAUCGUAAAACGUGAACCCCAGGGUAAAGAUGGCAACCAGAAGAUCAGAGAUAAAUGCAAACAGUACCUGGACAGAGUGGAAGAGCUACAGGAGUACCUUGUGAAUAAAGAGAAAGCCAUUGAUCUUGCCAGCAAGGCAGCUCAAGAGGAUAAAGCUCAGAACUACGAGGAGGCUCUGCGUCUGUACCAAGCUGCUGUUCAGUACUUCCUUCAUGUGGUGAAAUAUGAAGCCCAGGGAGACAAAGCAAAACAGAGCAUCCGAGCAAAAUGUGCCGAAUACUUGGACAGAGCGGAGAAGUUGAAGGAGUAUCUAAAGAAGAAAGAGAAAGCUCCUCCUGCUAAGCCUGUCAAAGAGUCACAGUCUGAUGACAAAGGGAAUGAGAGUGAUGAAGGUGAUGAUCCAGAGAAAAAGAAGUUCCAAAAUCAGCUCUCAGGUGCAAUUGUUAUGGAGAAGCCAAACAUCAAGUGGAAUGAUGUUGCUGGUUUGGAGGGAGCCAAGGAGGCACUGAAAGAAGCGGUUAUUCUUCCAAUCAAAUUCCCCCACCUUUUCACAGGAAAGAGAACUCCGUGGAGGGGGAUCUUGCUAUUUGGACCUCCAGGUACAGGAAAGUCAUAUCUGGCCAAAGCUGUUGCCACAGAGGCAAACAACUCAACCUUCUUCUCCAUCUCCUCGUCUGACCUUGUCUCCAAAUGGCUGGGAGAGAGUGAAAAGUUGGUAAAGAAUCUUUUCAGCCUUGCCAGGGAGCACAAGCCUUCCAUCAUCUUCAUCGAUGAGAUCGACUCCCUGUGCGGCUCAAGAAGUGAGAACGAGAGUGAGGCUGCUCGCCGUAUUAAGACAGAGUUCUUGGUUCAGAUGCAGGGUGUGGGCAACGACAAUGAAGGAGUGCUGGUACUUGGGGCAACAAACAUCCCAUGGACUCUAGACUCUGCCAUCAGGAGAAGAUUUGAAAAGAGGAUCUACAUCCCGCUGCCUGAAGAGCACGCCCGCUCCUUCAUGUUCAAGCUCCAUCUGGGCUCCACCCCCAACAGUCUCACCGAAUCUGACUUUGUCACUCUGGGCAAGAAAACAGAUGGAUACUCGGGUGCAGAUAUCAGUAUCAUUGUCAGAGACGCUCUAAUGCAGCCAGUUAGGAAGGUCCAGUCAGCAACCCACUUCAAACGGGUACGAGGGCCAUCGAGAGACGACCCCAACGUUAUUGUAGACGAUCUCUUGACCCCUUGCUCACCUGGGGAUCCCAACGCAAUUGAAAUGACAUGGAUGGAAGUCUCUGGGGAAAAGCUAUUGGAACCUGUAGUUUGCAUGUCUGACAUGCUGAGGUCUCAGUCCAACACCAAGCCAACAGUUAAUGAACAAGAUCUGGACAAACUGAAAAAAUUCACAGAGGACUUUGGACAGGAAGGCUAGGCAGGAUGUUUGAGCCAAGCCAAACCAAAGCAAAGGAAAUGCGAUUGUUUCUCUUUACUGUCCUUGUCCCUUUUUUCUCUCUGUCUCAUAGUAACUAUUCACCAAGCCUUGUGGUUUGGUAAGCGGGCAAGAUUACUGCUGCUGAUAACCACAGAAAGGGUAAAAGAUCUAGUGUUAUUUGAGAUUCACUACUGUCCAAAGAAGCUGAGCUAAAAGCAUUGAUACAAGAGGGUUGUUUGAAUCAUGCACUAAAGGUAUUGAUGAGAAAAAAAUACCCAAGAAACUAUCAGCAGAAAUACAACACGAUAUUAGAAAUUUGGCUAUUGAAAUAAAGAUAAUUUAUUUUAUGUGAGGACCAGCUCUUGUGUCCUUAUGUUCCAGUCAGGGUACAUCUCACUGGACCAAUAAAUGCCCCUUACAUUUUCUCUAUUUUGUAUUCAGAAAAACAAGCAUUUAUAGUGUGUAUACGUUAUUUUGUGGAAUGUAUAAUUCGUAGGCUGGGGAAGUGAAACGGGGCAUGAGUUCAUUGAAUUUGUUGUGGUAACAUGUAUUCAUAGUCUCAAGGUGAUGGACAUUAUAGAGUUUUAAGACAGAGAUACUCAGGAUGGGAGCUGUAUUAGGCCCUGGGGCAAUUUUGGAUAGUCUGUUCAGUUUUCUAACAAAUGACAAUUGUAUGCUGCGUACUGUCAUUUGAAUUCUACACAGCUAUUAGGAUGGAACACCAAAGGUGCCAGACCAACCAUUUUAUCAUUUUCAAGGACUCAAUAGCUUUCAAUUACUUUGUCACUCAGCUCAUUGGCUUCUUUUUUCAUGACCUACUGUACAUAUCUCCACAGGCUUUGCUUAUCAUUCUUAACUGCAAAAAAAUUAAGCCUUAUAUAUUAAGAUGAAGUCACUGAGAAUUUUGAUAAAAGAAGACUGGUUUUAAAAGUUGGACACUGAUGGCUCAGGUGAAGAGAUCAUCUUCUUGUACAUUUAA